CUUAAAACCAUAUUUUCAUCUAAACAAGCGUUUUUUCGUUUCCCGUAAAGUUGUUCCAAGUUUAUCAAUAAAAGAGGACGAUUUCAGCAGCCAUGCCAGCUUUAGAUGCGGAAGCCGCCGAUGAGCAGUUCAGCAAUGAUCAGCCCAAGUCGAUGUCGGGUCCUAUCAUCGGGAUUAUCUACCCGCCGCCGGAAGUCAGAAAUAUCGUUGACAAGACCGCCAGUUUUGUGGCUCGUAAUGGGCCGGAGUUCGAGGCCCGGAUCCGGCAAAAUGAGCUGGGCAAUCCGAAGUUUAAUUUCUUAAACGGUGGCGAUCCCUACCACGCCUACUACAGGCACAAGGUCAACGAGUUCCGCGAGGGCAAUGAUGCCGGAAACUCUGCCAUUGCGGGCAUGAAGCAACUGGCCGUGACCAGUGCUGCUCAGCAGCGUCAGCAGGAGCUCUUGAAGCAGGUUGUGGAGCAACAGUUUGUGCCCAAGGAGCCGCCGCCAGAGUUUGAGUUCAUCGCCGAUCCGCCUUCCAUUUCGGCUUUGGAUUUGGACAUUGUGAAACUUACAGCUCAGUUUGUGGCUCGUAAUGGCCGCCAGUUCCUCACCAAUCUGAUGAGUCGGGAACAGCGCAACUUCCAGUUCGACUUCCUGCGUCCCCAGCACUCACUCUUCCAGUACUUCACCAAACUCCUGGAGCAGUACACCAAGGUGCUGAUACCGCCCAAGGAUCUGUUAGGCAAGCUGCGCGCAGAAAGUGCUCCGGGUAGGGGCAGCAUGAACCAGGUGUUGGACCACGUCAAGUACCGGGCUAAUUGGCAGCGCCACCAGGAAGCACAGCGUCGGCGUGAAGAGGAAAAGAUCGAGCGAGAACGCGUGGCCUAUGCCCAGAUUGACUGGCAUGACUUUGUAGUGGUAGAGACGGUGGACUAUCAGCCAUUUGAAUCAGGCAACUUUCCGCCGCCCACGAACCCGGACGAAGUGGGUGCGCGUGUACUCAUGGAGGAACGCCUAAUGGACGAGGAGGGCGACACAGAGAUGCAGAUCGAAUCGGACGACGAGGGCGACUCCCAUGUGACCAGCCACCUGGACAGCGGACUGAAGCUUUCGCAGAUGGAGAACCGCGUCGGCAUUCAGAUGAAGAACGUCUCAUCCUACAGCCAGCCAACGGGGGCCAAGAGGGACAACACCCAGGUACAGGACAUGGACGAGGCCUCCAGCGACGAGGACACUCCCACGACCAAGCUGCAACCUGCAGUAGCGCCCAUGCUGCCGCCUACACAUGAUAAGGUGUUGGUCAAGAAGUAUGAUCCCAAGGCAACGCAACCAAAGCCGGCACCCAUGCCCACGGAUGAAUAUCUCAUCUCUCCGAUUACGGGAGAGAAGAUCCCAGCCUCCAAGGUAUCGGAGCACAUGCGCAUCGGUCUGCUGGACCCGCGUUGGGUGGAGCAGCGAGACAAGCACACAGUGGAGAAAAUCAAUCAGGACAAUGUGUUCGCUGCGGGCACAGCCAUCGAGGCGAGUCUCAAGCAACUGGCUGAGCGCCGUACAGAUAUCUUCGGUGUGGGCGAUGAGGAGACGGUCAUCGGCAAGAAGCUGGGUGAGGAGGAGACCAAGAAAGACGAUCGCGUCACCUGGGACGGACACACGUCCAGUGUGGAGGCAGCCACGCGGGCAGCCCGAGCAAAUAUUACGCUGGAGGAACAAAUCCAUCAGAUCCACAAGGUCAAGGGGCUACUGCCGGACGAGGAGAAGGAGAAGAUCGGGCCCAAGCCGGUGGGCAACAAGGCCACGCUAUCAGCCCCGCCGCAGCCGUCAACCAAGUCGCAACACAGUCACUCUAGCCAGAAUCAGCACCACCAAGGUGGCGGUGGAGGUGGUCAUCACGGUCACCACAAUAUGCACCACCACCAUCCGCCGCAUCAGCAGGCGCCGCCCCACCAGUCGCACCACCACCAUCCGCCGCAGCAGCCACAGCCGGUGAUGCAGCUGAUGCAACUGCGCCCACCCAUGAUGCAACCGCCGUUUGGAGCAGGUGCCGGAGGCUACAUGAACAUGCAGCCCGGUGGAGGGCCCCCGCAGAUUGCACCUGCUCCCCCUGUUGAUUUAAUGUCAAUGGAGGAUGAGCCGCCCUCCAAGAAGAUCCGUACCGAGGAUAAUCUAAUUCCAGAGGCCGAGUUUAUUGCCUCUCACAAGAGCCCUGUUACAAUUCAGGUCCUAGUACCCAAUUCUGACAAAUCCGAGUGGAAGCUAAAUGGCCAAAUGAUUGCCGUAACCAUGGCACUUUCUGAGCCGAUUACCAACCUCAAGACAAAGCUACAGGAUGAAACUGGCAUGCCGCCGGCCAAGCAGAAGAUCUUCUAUGAGGGAAUGUUCUUCAAAGACAGCAAUACCAUGGCUUUUUACAAUCUGGUCAAUGGAACCACGGUGCAUUUACAAGUCAAGGAGCGAGGCGGUCGCAAAAAGUAGAAGGUUCUAAGAUUAAAGUACCGUCAGACACAACUAGAGUUGCUCCAUAUAUAGAAAUUUAUUUGUAUAUGGUUUCGCAAAAAUUUGUAAUAAAUUGUCAAUCACAGAA